UUUCUCCCACCAAACCUGAAAUACCUUUGUUGACUGAAUUGACUUCUGACGUUUGCGACCUUGCUCCCAUUUCUCUUAAGGGAUUCUCAGAAUUUUCAGUUUUUUACGCAGCGACAUUUUUUUGUUCGAGGCAAAGUUUGCAAGUGAGUUGUGUCAUAAAUGUGAGUGAAGCGAGUGAGUGUUCUGUCAUAAAAGUCGGAGAAUAGAGCUAACUUGAAAAAUGCCUGGGGAGCCGACGACGACGACGACGACAGGUGGAAAAUCGUCGGGAAAAGUGAAGAGGAUUUCUAUUCCGAGGGUUCAGAGCAGCACGGACACAGAGUUACAGUCGCAGCAGAGUGGCGGAACUCCCAUGCAACCAAAUUCUUUGCAUUUCACAACUUUUCGAACAGUUGAUCCUGACGAAAGUCCGAUUCCAGCAGGUUUGAGGUCCAGAUUGAUGGACCUUUUCCAGCAGAUCGAGAAGGAAUUUGAAAUAGUUUGUGUCGAAAACGUUGGACUGCAGGAGAAGAUAGAAGUGCUGAAUGAAAGGCUGGAACGAGAGUGCUAUGGAUCGGGAGAGCGCAGUUUACCACCUGGAGACUUUACCGAUUACUCAGAGACCAAGAAUCUCGCGAAGCAAAAGUCUAUGGGCAGUGUCUCGGCGCACAAAGUGAAGGCAUCCCACAAGCUUCGGGCUCAAACGAGCAAAAUUGUCUCGUCAUUCAAAAAUCCUACAAUGAGCUGCAGCAUGCAACGAGAGUACACCGGACACCGGGACGGAAUUUGGGAAGUGACCGUGGGACGACCAGGUCAACCAGUAAUAGCGACAGCAUCGGCGGAUCACACCGCUCGAAUCUGGGGCAUAGAGAGCGGCCGCUGCCUCCUCCAGUACAUCGGCCACAACGGUUCCGUCAAUUCCCUCCGGUUCCAUCCAACGCGAGAUCUGGUUCUGACAGCGAGUGGAGACAAUUCCUCCCACGUCUGGCAAGCCGCUGUCAACUGGGACACGCCCAAGAGACAGUCGUCCUCGGAGGACCUGUCCCUGAUCACGGGAGAUCGAUCAGGAAACGAGGAGCAGGAGGAGCAACUUCCUCCGACCCUGCGAACUCCGGUCCGAGAGCUUCUGGGCCAUCUGGCUGUCGUGAACGCUGCCGAUUGGCUUCCGGGCGCGGAGCAGAUAGUCACUGCUUCCUGGGACAGAACUGCCAAUCUGUAUGACACUGAAACUGGAGAUGUCAUUUCCACGCUCUGUGGACAUGACAGGGAAUUGAAUCACGUUUCUGCUCAUCAUGCCCAGAGACUCUGCGUCACUUCCAGUCGCGACAGCACUUUCAGGCUCUGGGACUUCAGGGAACCGAUUCACUCCGUUUCGGUUUUCCAAGGACAUACUGAAGCUGUGACAUCGGCAGUAUUUACUAGAGAAGACAAAAUAGUCUCAGGAUCCGACGACCGAAGUGUAAAGGUGUGGGAGUUGCGGAACAUCCGAAGUCCGCUGGCGACGAUUCGGGGCGACAGUGCAGCGAACAGACUGGCCGUCUCGAGCGCCGGGGUGGUUGCUAUUCCUCACGACAACAGGCAGAUUCGACUCUUUGACAUGAGCGGACAACGACUGGCCAGACUUCCUAGAACAAGCAGACAGGGACAUCGAAGAAUGGUUUGCUCGGUUGCGUGGGCAGAGGACAGCGGGCCCUGCAACCUCUUCUCCUGCGGAUUCGACCGGCUGGUUCUCGGCUGGAGCGUUCUUCCUGUGAAGGACGUCUGAGGCCGCCGUCCCCCGUCGUCGUUUCGCGUCACAUUUGCGCCCACGUGACGUUGGAAGUCGACGGCAAUGGCAAUGGCAAUGGCAGUGGUAAUGGCAGAUACAGGGGUAGAAGCAGCGGCAGGGACAGGGAGAACAGCUCGUUCGAGACGCAGCUGUGUGCCAAAAAGCCCAAGACCAGCACCAUCAACGAGCCGCUCCUUCCGCGCUCGCUCACCACUGCAACAAAACAAACACCGCGAUGACACCGCGAUGACAAAGAGGACAAAUACGUCGUCUGCACUGCACACAUUUGUGCGCACAUCGAGUCAUUUAUUCCAAACAACAGACAAGAUCUCUUUUGUUUUUUACGACUGGGACAAACAAAUAGCGAAAUCGCCAGCAAUUUUAGAAUAAUUAAUUGUUCAACUGUUGCUCCAAAACUCCAGCAGCACACUAGUUCUCGUCAAUCUAGUUGCGCUUUGCACUAUUAUCAAUAUUAUUUAUUUUUAAUUCCUGAUUGUCAGAACAACUACCAUCAAUAGUUUUUACAAAAAAUUUGAGAGCUCAAUUUAAAACAGACCUAGAGUGUAGUUUACUGUUGCGUUUUUUGUUCACCUGAAUAGGCGGUCAGCAGGCACAAAGCCCCGUAUCCGUGGAUGAGGGCGUUGUGUAAGUCGGGCGAGACAUGGUGCCAGACGAUUCCCAAUAGGCCCAGUAACUUCGGACAGCCGCCAAUUAUCAGAGCUCGGACCAAGUCACUUGUCCUGUACUUCCGAGGCCUUCCGCCGAACAAGACCCAUCCGAGUUCCGUCGUCAGAAUCACUGUGCCGACGAAGGCGCCCAACGACAGGGCCGUUUGCACCAACAAAAUGUACAAGUUCCGCUCUCCCUGCAAUUUCAACUCCAGCAUAUUUACCAAGUUCCACUUGACUAGUUUUUUCAUCUUGUCUCAGCUAAACUGGCAAUUAUAUUGUGUAUAAUGUAUCAUUAUA